AUGUCUACAACACAAACGUUUCCAAUUUCAAUACACAAUAAUCAGUUCAUGGACAACACAGAGAACCGAGAGUGUCCUGAACUGGUGGCUCUCCUGCGCACGAGAGAGGGCGCUGGAUACGUUCCUCGCUCAGUCCGGGAGGCAGGCAGGAAUAUAUCCUACGCGGUUUCUAAGUUCCGUGGAAUCUUUGCAUCUGACGUCUCGCGACUACACACAAUAUUUGAAGGAUAUCAGUACCGCGUUUGCACCCAGUUCAGUGGUCGAGGCGCCGCAAGAGACACGUUUGGUAUGAGCUACGCCGAUGCAUGCUGUACCUUCCGGGCUCAUCGUUCGUUCGUCACAUUUAAACGGCGACAUAGGAAAGAUUUCUGCCCGAGCUUAGCUCACCGCAAAAUUAGUGCAGAAGCUAAUAUUUCGCGGUCUCAGGAAGCCACAUGUAACACAGAGAACCACGAGAUAUCACCUCUUCAGAAAAAAAUCGAGAAGAAACUGAUCGAGAAAUACAGCAUUGAACACAACGACUAUCUCUUGCUGGAGACCAUCGUGUUGUCUGAAGUCCCCUACAAGGCCGAGCAACAGUGGAAGUUCGUCGGGGCUUUCUAUUACGCCACUACAGUCCUCACUACGAUCGGGUACGGCCACUCCACUCCGAGCACCAUUCCGGGCAAGAUUUUCACCAUAUUUUACGCCAUGGUAGGAAUUCCUCUCUGCCUCGUCCUCUUCCACUCCAUCGGUGAACGUUUGAACAAAGUGUCGUCCAUUGUUAUCAAAAGUAUUAAGAAACUGCUGAAGUGCCGCAACACCGACGCCACGGAGAUUGACCUCAUCCUGGUGGUGACGACUCUGUCCACCAUCACCAUCACCUCUGGCGCGGCCGUCUUCAGGAGCUACGAAGGCUGGACGUAUUUCAACUCCGUCUACUACUGCGUCAUCACUCUGACUACUAUAGGCUUCGGCGACAUGGUGGCGCUGCAGCGCGAGAACACCCUCAACGAGAAGCCCGAGUACGUGGCCUUCGCGCUCGUCUUCAUCCUGUUCGGGAUGGCCAUCGUCGCCGCCUCACUCAACCUGUUCGUGCUGCGGUUCGUCACCAUGAACACCGAGGACGAGCGGCGCGACGAGGCGGAGGCGCAGCAGGCGGCGGCGGGAGCAGUGCGUCUGGAGGGCGACGUCAUCACGGCCAACGGGUCCAUCCUCUCGGGCCAGUGUCCGCAGGAGGCAGCGUCCUUCACCGACCUGACCUCCGUGUGUUCCUGCACCUGCGUGUCGUGUGCGCCUUGCCCAGCGCUGCCCUUCAGGAGCGCGCAGAGCAUGCGGAAGAACCCCAUCAGCCUGGCGUACAUCCUGCCGCACCGCCGCAACUUCCGCAAGAGCCAGUCGCAGCACCACCAGGUCACGCACACGGAGACGCAAGAGGACCUGUGUUCUUCGUCCGAGUUCGAGGCCGUCGCGACGCCAGCGCACCUGCAGAAACGGAACUCUGUCUAGCCUCAUG